CUCUUGUUUCCUCUCAAUCACUAAUACUAUGUGUCUGUGUGUGUGUGUUAAAAUUUCACACAAAACCCAACCCUACACCACCAUCUCUUUAUUCUCUCUCUCUCUCUCUCUCUCUCUCUCUCCAAUAUAAGUAUAUGCAUUGCAUUGUCUCUACUGUUUGCUAGCUACCUAGUCUCCAGUUAUAACCAUCUUCAUUUCAAUUUCAUCAUCACACCAUCACUUCAUCUAUGUUUAAUAACUCCUCUCCAAUCCAAUCCAAUCCAAUCCAAUGCACAAAAAAUGCUAAACAAUAUUGUCCUCUUCACCACCCCCUCCUAUUCUACAUUCCCAAAUUAAUUUCUCCAAUCAAACUAUACUUGAUUCUUCUAUUGAUGCUCUCUCACUAGGGUUUUGCUUAGUAAUCUCCAUUUAUCAGUGUGUGAUUGGUGAUUAAUCAUAUAGCUAUGUUAGGUUCAUUUGGAUCAUCAUCUUCAUCAUCCCAUGAAGAGGAGGAGCACCGCCGCCGCCACCGCCAGAUCCCGCCGCCGCCUAUCCACAUGCGCCAGCUCCUCAUCAGCUGCGCCGAGCUCAUCUCCCGCUCCGACCUCUCCGCCGCCCACCGCCUCAUCGCCAUUCUCCUCUCCAACUCCUCCCCCUACGGCGACGCCACCGAGAGACUCGUCCACCAAUUCACCAAAGCCCUAACCCUCCGCCUUAACCGCUUCUCCGGAGUCAGCGCCGCCACCGCCGACGACGCGGUGAUCCAAUCAUCAUUCCUUUCUCUUAACCAGAUCACUCCGUUCAUCAGAUUCAGCCAAUUGACGGCGAAUCAGGCGAUUCUGGAGGCGAUCGAGGGGCAGCCGGCGAUCCACAUCCUCGACUUCGACAUCAUGCACGGAGUCCAGUGGCCGCCGCUGAUGCAGGCGGUGGCGGAGAGGUUCCCUCCGCCGACGCUCCGGAUCACCGGCACCGGGUCCGAUCUCGAAAUCCUCCGCCGCACCGGCGAUCGCCUCGCCAAAUUUGCCCAUUCCUUAGGGCUCCGCUUCCAAUUCCACCCUCUGAUCGUCCAAUCCAGCGACGAAUCGAUCUCGGUGACCUCCUCCGUGGUGAUCCUCCCCCACGAGACGCUCGCCGUCAACUGCGUCCACUUCCUCCACCGCCUCCUCAACGACCGCGACCGCCUCCACCUAUUCCUCCACCGCAUCAAAUCGAUGUCCCCCCGAAUCGUCGCGAUCGCCGAGAGAGAGGCCAAUCACAACCACCCUGUCUUCCAGCAGCGGUUCGUGGAGGCGCUGGACCACUACGCCGCCGUGUUCGACUCUCUGGAGGCGACGCUGCCCCCCGCCAGCCGCGAGCGCCUGGCGGUGGAGCAGAUUUGGUUCGGCCGCGAAAUCAGCGACAUUGUGGCCGCCGAGGGCGACAAUCGGCGGGAGCGACACGAGCGAUUCCGAUCGUGGGAGAUGGUGCUCAGAAGCGCGGGAUUUGGGAACGUGGCGCUGAGCCCCUUCGCAUUAUCUCAGGCGAAGCUGCUCCUCCGCCUCCACUACCCUUCAGAAGGAUACCAGCUGCACAUCCUCAGCAAUUCGUUCUUCUUGGGAUGGCAGAAUCAGCCCCUCUUUUCGGUCUCGUCUUGGCGCUAAAACCCUAACCCUAAUUUUCAUGAUCGGAGGGAGGGAGCUAACACAAACCUAAUUUCUUCUUCAAUCAGGUUUUCUUGGACUGCUCAAAUAUUUUUAUUCUUAUAUAUAUACUAGUGCUAUUUGGGGUGUAUUUAAUUUUUAAUUACCAUACUUUUGAUCAUCAAAGAUUCGGAUCUUGAGG